CAAGUGGCGAACUAUGGUUGAUUCGCUUGCACGUACGCACUUCUCCUCUGACUUUUCUAUGUUAGCAGGCUGGUGUAGGAAAGGGUGGCGCGCAAAGGCAGCCAGCUUGCAAGCGCUACCGACGGAAGCAUUCAACGGCAAGCGCCUGCAUGAAAAUAACACACACAUGCUCACACGCCAAACGAAUACAGAGCGCCUUUGCUACCACUAAAGCACAGAUGGUUCACCAAUUUGUACCAAUACUUACGGAGAGUAUGGCCAAUUGGUAUACUCUCCGUAGUUACGGUGGUGGUGCUGCUCCAACUUGUAUUGGUGAGGACGGUAUGGUAUGGCUCUGGUGCUGUUUUAGCUGUUGCCUCUGCUGCAGCCACUGUGCGUCGCCGCUUUAUAUUUUUGUUAGUAAGCCAAAUAGUAAGCAGGCAUUCCCCUCUGCAAACAGUCACAUUCAAGAGCUCAAGCCAAAGAGUACUCGAGCGCGCACAGCUGCCGAAAAAGUAGAAACGGACAACCGAUAACCGAAACGCACAGUGAAACGCCUGAGCCAAGUUAUAACCGUUUGCUUUGGCUUAGUUAUUUUCCCUACCGAUUUUUGCAGUCGUUAUUUGCUAGAUGCAUUGUUCAAUUGUAGUGUACGGCUAUCGGGACUGACGGUUUGACCCGUCCCUACGCACAAACCGAAAACAAUUCGAGCAACCGACCAUCGAAGUCUUAGCAUUAACAUUAGUGUCCGUCACGAAUCGUAUUUGUGACCGCGUGCAUCGCAACACAAUAGCAAGAAUUAUAUUUUACGUUCGAAUUGACAUACCGCAAAAUUGCAAAAACAAAUAAGUUCUUCAUAGAAAUAAUAAUAGAAACGAAACAAAAAACAAAGCGAAAAAAAACCGAAAAGUGGUAGCAGUGGUAAAGCAAACACCAAAGCCAACAAGAAGUGUAAAGUGUAUUGAAGUGAUGUCGAAGAAGAUGAGUGAAUGAAGGAGUGCGCGCAAUUGAUUUCCAAGUCUUGAAUUAAACUUACAAAUUGACAAAAUUGCUACCUGGCUGAAUUAAAGUUGAAAAUACCAGCUACUAUCCAGGUGCAUGCGCUCUGCCGACAUACCAACUGCUCACUUCCCAACGAGUGUAACUUUUUACGCGCAAGCAGGCACACCAAGUUAGCGCGAAUAAAAAUGUGAAUUUCUGUAUUUAUGUAAAAAUAAUUACCUGUAAUAAAAAACAAAAAAAUUCAAGCAGAAAACUGAUUUUUUAGUAAAGACUCCAACCGAAAGUUCAUCCUUUCACGCACUUGCAGUAAGGUGCCGACUUCAGUCCGCCGCGAAGUCAGUGUUCGCGACGUCUAAUUCCGUCGGAAAUUUGAAAUUGUAUUAUUUCAUCCGCGCGACCAGUGAACAGCCGCCAACAUAACGGCGCAAUUGUUAAACAGUUUCCUGAAGGGAUCGCCCCACCAGACGACGAUCGACAUCAUGCAAAAACUCUACGCGGAGGCGCCGAGCAACGGGCCUCCGGUAAGCAUGAGCAGUAGCGUCGGUGCUGGUAGUGGUGGUGGCUCAAGUAGCGUCGGUGGUGGCACAAAUGCGGGCGGUGGCGGAGGCGGCGGUGGGAGUGGCGGCGGAAAUCCCUCGAACCCUCACCCAAACAACCCGACCAGCAAUGGUGGCACAAUGAGUCCGCUCGCACGCAGCGCUUAUACCGCAAUGAAUUCCAUGGCAAUGCCCGUCGGUGGUAUGUCUUCAGUUUCGCCACAAACCGCCGCAUUUGGUGCAUUGGAGUCUGCAGCAGCGGUGGCAAGCAUGAGCGGUAGCAUGGGCGCCGCAGCUGCUAUGAAUUCAAUGGCAGGUAAUUGCAUGACGCCGAGUUCGAUGAGUUAUGCCUCCAUGGGCUCACCGUUGGCCAACAUGGGCAACUGCAUGGGUGGUGGCAUGUCGACGAUGGCUGCAAUGGGUGGUUACUCCUCCAUGGCAGCUGCGGCCAGUGCACGUGAGCUGGACACAGGGUCGCCGAACUCGCUGAACCGAGCACGCAUCGAUAAACCGACUACCUAUCGCCGGAGCUACACACACGCCAAACCGCCCUACUCUUACAUCUCGUUGAUCACAAUGGCGAUUCAAAAUAACCCGUCACGUAUGCUCACACUGUCUGAAAUCUACCAGUUUAUUAUGGAUCUAUUUCCAUUUUAUCGCCAGAAUCAACAACGUUGGCAAAACUCUAUACGUCACUCUUUAUCGUUCAACGAUUGUUUCGUGAAGAUACCACGUACACCAGACAAGCCGGGCAAAGGUUCCUUCUGGACGUUACACCCAGAUUCGGGCAACAUGUUUGAAAACGGUUGUUAUUUGCGGCGCCAGAAGCGUUUCAAGGACGAAAAGAAGGAGGCGCUGCGUCAGCUGCACAAGAGUCCGUCGCACAGCAGCCUCGAGGCGACAAGUCCUGGCAAAAAGGACCACGAAGAUUCGCACCACUUACAUCACCAUCAUAGCCGCCUGGAUAAUCACCAGCAGCAUCAUCACAGUAAAGACGUGACGGGCGCAGCAGUGGGAGGGCCAGGCAGUGUGCUCAGUAGCGCCGUUAGCCGAGAUCAACUGGCGAUGAUGCAAGCAAACGCAGAGCUUUGUUUGGGCCAACAGGCUGCACAACAUGUGCCCAGCCAUCACCAUCAACAACAUCAUCAACUGCAGCACGAAGAGCUGUCGGUAAUGGUGAAUAGGUGCCAUCCAUCACUGAUCAGCGACUACCACCCUUCCAUGCAUCAUCUGAAGCAGGAGCCAUCCGGUUAUACGCCAUCCAGUCAUCCCUUCUCCAUUAACCGGCUCUUACCCGAGUCCAAGGCAGACAUCAAAAUGUACGACAUGAGCCAGUAUCCCGGCUACAAUGCGCUCAGCCCAUUGACGAACUCACACGCGGCCUUAGGACAAGAUUCAUACUACCAGAGUCUCGGUUAUCAUGCGCCAGCCGGCACGACCAGUUUGUGACAUCACCAGUACCCAUUGGCUUAAGGGCGAGCUGACCAGAUGCUGCGAAACGUGAAUGUUAACGCCGCCAGUGGUAGCAGCAGCAGCAUCUUUGGUAGUGCCGCCGCAGCUGCAGCGGCGGCUGCUGGUCUAAAUACGCUGCACAACACCAACAUUGGCGGCAAUAUUGGAAGCAGUAGCGGCAGUGGCAGCGGCACCGGCAACGGCAAUGGGAAUACACAUGAAACACACUUGGAUCAACAUCACCAUCAUCAUCAUCACACCGCCGCCCACCAACUCCAUCACCAACAGUUGACGCAUCCACAUGCGGCACAUCAGCUGAUGCAGCAACAGCAACGCAAGGCGUAUAUUAAGUCAAUGCAACAACACUACCAACAACAGCAACAACAGCACAGCGCCAGCAGCACUGGCAGCUCGAGUGCGCACAAGCUAAGCGCACAUCAGCAACAAUUGCUGCAGAGCCAAUUGACGCCACCAGAGCUGCAGGAUGAUGCGUCGAACAUUACAACCGAUUUGAAUGAGGAACAGCAGUUGCAGCUACAGCAGGCGGCACAACAACAACAUCAGCAACUUUACAAUAAUUACCAACAAUAUGCGGCGGCUGCCUCCUACCGAAACUGGAACCACGGGCUGGCGCUGAACGGUGCCGCGGCGCUACAAAACCUGCUCUAGUGCUGGGAACACUGAGAGCCGUAUGCGAGUAUUGACAAAAAGUGGCUUUGUUGUCUGGCUGUACGCUUCUAAAACGCGCGGAGAAGAGCGGUUGAUAUAUUACAAACGCGCGAUAAACGAAGCAAUUAGCGGAUAGUUGCUGGCGCGCGUGCAAAACCAGCAAACACAGGCGUGCCGGUGGAGUUUGCAAGUGCGCCCAAGAAAGGCGGGCAUUAGGUGAAGACGCCUCACAUGUCUUCUUUGGCGAAUUCAAGCUCGCAAAGGGUGAUCCGCAGUGUUGAAGGUCAGCGUGCGAGCGUUUGAUGAUUUCCGAUGGCUGCCAGCGCCUGCGCAGAGAAGCUGGCCGCAUCUUUGAGAUCUCCGCGCAAAAUAGCAACGAAGCAGACAUAGAUGUAUAAAUUUAAGGUUUGUUGUUGCAGUUAUACACAUUUUUUUUUUAAAUUAAAGUAGGCCGAACGCGUUACUAAUGUACAUAUGAAUGAAUGUAGUGUAGUUAUAUAUUUUGUUUUAAUUUGUACAUCCUCUUAAACACUUUCAGUUCUACAUUUUUGCUUUGCGACUGGCGUUCAAAGCUCUGCUUUUGUGACUUGUAAAAAUACUAUAGAUCGAUUUAAGUUUAUAUCUCCGAUUAGAUUUGCAUUGUUUGGGCUCAUAUCCUUGUGAUCUGACUCAUUUGAGCAUAUUUGCUUGCCUGCAGAUACAUAUAUAUGCACGUAUGCUGCACUUAUAUGCGGAGCAGGAGUUUUUCUUUAUGUAAACAGCAAUCAAAAGUGAUGUAGUUGUAAGAGAAAAUGUUUUCCAAUUAACAAAAAAAAAAAACAAAAAAAAAAAAUAUACAAAAAUCGAACUCAAACGCAAACACGAAUAUGAAAAAUGAUAAACAUUCUUAUUCACAGUCCGAUAUUUGUUACAUUGAAAAUCGAAAAGAUUCGCUGUAACUAUCAUAUAUUCACAUACGUACGUCUGCUUUGGUUGUACGUAUGUAUGUGCGCACACCAUACGAGCAUUUUCAAAAAUUCAUUGAUGGAGCCCUGGCAGGUUCUCGGUUUGACACAAAUUUCGUGCCAUUUAUAAAAAAAAAACUAAUCUAUGUAUGUAUAUGUAAAGGAGGAAAGCGCGAGCGCGAAAGUAGAAAAAAAAGCAUAAAACAAAAACAAGUUUUAAUUGAAAUAAACAACAGUUUUUUUUUAAAAAAAUAUUAUAUAAUUUGUAAGCAGUGUAUAUUUCACUUAACUUUCUUUUUUAUUCAUACAAUACAAUAGUUUCUAAGCAAAAUGUUUCUAAUUAAUAUUUACUUACUUAUACUAGUGUAGAAAUGUUAUACUCCUAACACUAUGCUAUGUCCGCUGUAAAACACAGUGCAAGUGCAAUUGAUGUAAUUUUACAAAAACACAAAUAUUUUAUGUUAAGUUAACAGCCAAAGGGCUGUCAAUGGGAAAUUUGCGUGAUCGCUUGUCGAUCGACGCUAGAGACCAAAUUCGAAUGGAAAUGAUCAAAAACCAAAAAAUGAAUCUUCAGCAAAAUUUCUACAAUUAAAAUAAUUUUACUAUUAUUAUAAUAAGUUAAUAUUAUGCAUACUAGGGGUGUCCCUAUUUGCAUGCAUAUUUUGUUUUUCAUUUUAAUUUUUCUAGUUUGAAUCAUUUUUUUUUUAAUUUUAUCUGCAAUAAGUUAAUAAAAUGAACACUAGGGGUGUCCUUAUUUGUAAGCAUACUUUGUUUCUAAUUUUCAUGAAUGUAGGGCGAGCUAACAUUUUGCCAGUUUUGCAGCUAUUCAUGUAAAUACAGCCUUAACAAUUUCAUUUGAAGCACUAAAUACAUAUUUAUCUUGCCACAAAACGAGCUUUACUGGGUUUUGCGGUUAGAAAUUAUGUUGGAUGAAGAAAGCAUAAAAUGGCCCUUAUUAUGAGCAACAUUCGAUCUUCGACUAUAGUCGAAAGUGCUGAUCGAACGAAUUUUCAUUUGGUAUUAUGGUGCUCAUUCGUUGAAGAAUAGGACUAUUGUGAAUUUCGAUCGCUCGAUGCAUUUACAAUAGAUAAUUUUUCUCAGCUGAUACAGCAAAUCAAAAUAAAAGAAAAACCGAUUGUGUUGAAAUUCUUUGCUAACAACAAUUUUAAAAGUUAAAAACAAGUAUUUUUUGUGAAAAUGGAGUACAACGGAGUUGUGGUUCGACGAUUCAACGCUCGAUGAAAGAUUAGUGGAACUAGCUAGAUGUAGAAAACAGCUGAGGGGCGCAUCCAACCCCCUUGAAAUGGCUUCCACUGAUUUUUUAAAGAACUUUAGAUUAUCUAAAGAGCCGUUUAUGAACCUACUGUCCAGUACAAAAAACCAUUUGCAGCAGUGCACCCGAGCCAAGAGCUCUUCACUAUUCUCCAAAAAAAGCAACACAAAUUAUUAAUGUGUGUGCAGCUUUGCACAACAUUUGCUUGUUUUAUAAUGUUCAACUUCCGGAUGAAGAGUUAUCCGAUGAGACCCUCAACGAUGAUGCUGAAGAUAUUGAAGUGGAGUCAAAUAACGGAGAAGCAGAAAACAUAAGAAAUGAAAUUCUUAGAAUAUUAUAGAAAAAUCUAAAAAGUUUUAAAUAGAAACCUUUACGCCACAGUUUCUGUUUUAUUUUUGUUAUAAAUUUUCUUUAUUCAAUUAUUCGUCAUUCGAAAAAAAUAUGUAUUUCAGUUCCUCUACGUAUUUCAGCCCAUACCUGCCAAGGGAAAAUAAUAAAAAAAUAAAAAUGUAUUUCUAUAAACAUCACAAAAAAAAACUUUAUUAACCUUAAUCCAUUUUGCUGCCGUUCUAACUGGUGGUCCCAAGCAAUUCAGGUCCGUUGUAAAUUCCUCGCAAAAUAUUAACAUAUAUUAACAUAUUCCUGCAUAAUAUUAACAAAAUUAGUAUAUAUUUAUUAUUUGGUUACUAUAAAACAAUAAAUAAUCGCAAACAACUUACAUUUUAACAAGUUUUCCCACAAUACGCUACACAAUCGAAAGCAAAAUUGCAUUCGACUCUAAAUUCGGUAUACAACGAAAAUUUCGACAGCGUUGCACCGCUCAUAAUACCAAAUUGACAUUCGAUUUUCGAUCUUCGACAACCAACGAAUAUCGAAGAUCGAAUGCAACUCAUAAUAGGGGCCAAUAAAACAAAGCGAUAGCAAUUGAGAAGCUUUGUUAGUAACUGCAUUUUUUGUUUGCGAACGAGAAAGUUUAAAACGCCCAUUGCAUCAUCAAAGCUGCCGACGGAGCAAUGGUAUUUCCGGAGACUAAAAAACUCCUCCGGCUGCCGUAGUCGAAUGGGUUGGUGUGUGACUAACAUUUGGGAGUGCGUGGUUCGAAUCUUUGUGCAUGAACAUCAAACAGUUUUUUCUUAUUAGCAGUCGCCCAGGUAAUGGCAGACCUCCGAGUGUAUUUCCGCCAUGAAAAAGCACCAUAAAAGCCAUUUGCCUGUAGGUCCUCUAUUUGUGGAACAAAAACAAGACGCAGGCCACAAGUAAGAGGAGGAGCUCGGUCAAACACCUAACAGAAGUGUACGCGCCAAUUAUUUACUUUAUUUUAUUUUGCAUUACUUCGGAGUGGCGUUUAAUCUUCCUCAUUGCAAGGUCUAUGCCUGUGUCCAGGUCCCGCUUUUUCAUGCGGAGAAUUUUUUCCGCAUAACCACUGAUGAUCUCCCACGUUUCCCUUUGCUUAGCUUCUUGUCGCUUGCAUUUUCUGUGGUUUUGUGAUCGACUGCAAUCUCCAACGUUCGACGCUCUUGUUCGCAACACAUGCAUUCAAAAUAGGUCGGUGCAUUGGUUCCGAGGUUCCUGGUGUACCAUGCAGUAACGGCUUUUAUUAGCCUUAUUUUUUUAGAAUUUGUCUAAAUUUGCUAAAAACCACAAAAGCCAAAUGCUGGGAUAAAAAUGUUAUUUCUCCGUAUUAAAAUAUCCGCUAAAUAAAGAAUGUGGGCGUCAGCUAUUUAUAAAGGGGUAUAUUCAGAAACGCAUUAUAAAUGCACAGUAAUUGCAGCGCUGGCAGCACUGCCAAUGUGACAAGUGAUGCAAUUGAUAGAUUUGUUAACGAUUUGCAAAAAGAUUUGUUGCAUUUAUGAACGCGUUUUACACUAAAAUGGAAGUAUUAUUGAGUUUAGUUGUUGACGAUAUAUUUGAAGUAAAAAGUGAUAGUUUUUUGCUAAAUUUAAAAAAAAGACGUGUAAAGCUAAAAAGAAGAUCACAUAUAGUAAGAUGUUCAUUAAAACGAAAAAUUCCCAAAAAUAAAUCUUGUUUGCUAGUCGCUAAUGCUUUUUAAUUUAUUGCGGUUGUAAUUCAUUACUUUUCCAAUUUAAAAAAAAAAAAAAAAAAUCUUUUUUGAAACAAUUAGAAAAUUUUCGCCACGCGAUUUGCCCGUCUAUUUUCAAAUCUUUAUUCACUUUUUUUAUUUCUUCCGCCACCUUAUUCCACAAAACACUCUUUUUCCUCCUCCCUGAAGCAAAUUCACUUUCCAUGCUCAGUCAGACUCUGAGAAGCAACUUUACUUCCGAUGUACUUAGAUAAUCGCUAAAAUCAAGAAAAAUGUAAUAAAAUAUUGUUUUAAUAACGUAUAUUUAAUAUAUCUUUGCAUUAAAAGCUAAAAAAAAUUAGUUUUAUACUCAGUUUUCAUCAGACAUCAUAUUAGCGUAAUCAGCGGCAGUAUUAAAAUUUUUCCUGCAAAUAAUGCGUGACGUUUGAUACAAAAAUGGCGGUUUGGAACGCGAUGCAUUUGCAGUACUGCCAUAUUUGCAUUUCUGAACGCAUUGCUAACACUGCAAAAGUACGUUGCGCAUUAUAAUGCGUUUCUGAAUAUACCCAAGUAUACGGAAUCGCCACAACCCGUAAUCCAAGAGACCGCCAAAAUUAUAUAAUACGAGCAUUGCGAUUUUCGGUUAGCAGAAUUACGAGUUAUAGGUACAAGAAUCAAAAAGAUUUCAGUUGUUGAGGUUUUUAGUUUUUCUAUAAAUUUUGUUCACCAUUUCGCACAGCUUUUAUAAUUUCUUGUUUUGUUUUUGUGUAAAUGCGCAGAUAAAAGAAAAACAAUUGUACGAGUAACUGUGAAAAAAUGGCCAAAAAGCCGUUUGUGCUUUUUAUUUCUAUUUCAUUCAUUACGACUCAUUUUACUCAUAGAACUCAAUCAGCUGAGAUUUCGAGCUAUAAAGCGUUUUUACACAACCAAAAGCAAAAAUAAGGGUUUAGAGAAAUUUGCGAUUUUUUUACUAUUAUAUUUCAUCAAUUAUGAGUUAUGUAGCAAUAGGAGAAAUUAAUAUAGAGUCCGCCAUAUAACUUUACGGAACUAAAAAUGCUAUAAAAAAGAAACUACUCAAUAUUUUUCCAAACUGUUUUUCUUAUUUUGAAGAACAAUCCUUCCGGCUAAUGAUGGAACACAACUUCAUUCAUAUAGCUGCCUCGGCUAGCCAUGCACCAUUCCAUACGAUCGGACCAAUUUUUCAACACAUUUUCGAUUGUAUGCGGCUGUAUUUCAGCUAUGACAUCGCGUAUGUUGGUCUUCAGUGCAUCAAUUGUUGCUGGUUUGUUGGCAUAACACUGGUCUUUGACGGCACCCCAAAGAUAAUAAUCCAACGGCGUCACGCGUUGGUUUGUCAAUAAGCAACCCAGUUUCUCUUACUUUUUUCGCAAAGUAACGCACAUACGCUUCAUUCGGGGCUUUUCUUCUUCCCAUUGCCGUACGUAAUUUUCGUACACAUUGUGCAACAUUACCAUGAUUUUCAAAGUAAUGUCGCAAUAUUUCCCAGCGUUUUUUGAGCGUAUACACAACCAUUUUCGUUCAGCGGAAGAAUAAAACUAAUUUUCUGUCAAAUCAGAUUACAGCUAAGUGUUACCAUUCUUCAAAUAAUACCUAGCUCAAAUCCGUAACGAUAGAUGGCGGGCCCUGUAUAAGUCAUAAAGCAUUUUUUGGCAGACGCAACGAUAAGAAAAAGUUAACUAACUCGAAGGAGAAGGAACAAUUUUCGAGAGCACCAAAUUACAUAAAAAUAAAAUAAAUAAUUGGAGCGCACACUUCUGUUAAAUGUUUGGCUAAGCUGCAUGGCGCGGAGUUCUGACUGCAGCAAUCGUCUCCAGGUAACCAGCCCCGUUUUCUCUUUUGGAUCUCUAAUAGUAUUGGCUUUCGCUGGGUCCAUAAGUCAGUAUUCGCGAUAGUAUUUGGAGAAUUUUUCGGAGGCAUCUGUUUACAAAGCUUGAGCAUGGCCGAGCGGCUUACAUUUUUUAGCCACUUCCCACUUCCCAACGGCAAAUGGUCUUUACAAGUAGCAGUGGGCUUGUUCGAGCUUCAAUCACACCCGCAGUGUUUGCAAGAUUUGUGAAAUUAUCACGUUUGAUGUAAAAUUUUAGCAACAUUAUCAAAAGCAUCACGUUCGAAGUGUCGAAAAUUCGGCAAAUGUUGCGCGUGAAUAUAAAUAAAUCGGCAUAAAAAAUUGUUUGUUUGCCGAACAUCAGAAAAGUAUCAGUUGAGCAAUUGCAACAGUGUUGCAAAUUGUCAUCAGUGCAGCAGUAGUGCCGCUUUUAUUACGUGCCUCGAACAAGCCCAUUAGCAUGACAGUAUAGCAACACAAAGGCUACGUCUGCCGAGGCACGUUGGCUAUAAGAAACAAACUUUCUCUAACUGCUCAUGCUUAUCGCCUUCAUCGCUCCUAGAAAUAACCGAAUGGUAGUCAUGGAAUAAACCAUUCGCCUUAGUCGGCGCUUACCGCAAAUAAUAAGGACACUCCUAAUACAUAUGUACUUAAAUAUGUCGAUGCAAACAUUUCUAAUGAAGUUUAUUAAACAUGUUUUUUCACCUCCAGCAUUAACUUUGAAAAUCAUAGAACUGAAGCUGCAGUGUAACGUCGUUUCCAUUAGACGCCUCCAUUAAACGAACACUUCCCUUGGGCGAACAUUUUCCCUAAGCAAUGUCUUAGGUAUUGGAACAAAUUAGUCGCUUUUGAGCGGAUGCCUGUUUUGAGCGUACAAAAGUUGCUUGACGCUGAGGGUCCGCAUAAGCGAGAUUUCAGUGUAUUUUAAAUUACAUAUUUUGUAAAUCAUUUUUUUUUUCAUUACAAAGACCGGAUCAUAGUUUUUUGAAUAUUUGGUAAUUACUUUCAUUUAAGACAAUUGUAAAUAAAAAUAUACCCCAAAAACACAUUAAAAAAUUCCAUAAAUGCCUAACCUAAUGUAAAUUAAUGCAAACAUCGUAAAAGAUGUCAUUUACUAAAAAUACAAAAUACCGAAAGGACGAAUUGAUAGGAAAAGUGAAAUAUGAAAUGUACGUAAAAUGCAACAAAGUUGAAAGUAUGCGAGAAAAAAGUAAAAUUCAAAUUACAAAACACAAAAUCAGAAAAUUACAAAAAAAAAAAACGAAAAAAACACCAUGGGAAAACAAUCGGAA